AGCAACGAUGCCACACGUCGAAGUCCUCCCCAACUCGGCAGCGGCCGUCGCGCCAGGAUGGACUUAUGUCGUCGACACCGGCUACGAUCCCUCAAAAGUCGCCAUCAACCCCAAGAACAAGAAGCGCGCCGCCGCCGCACCGAGCGGCCAACGAGCCGAAAACGAGCUCUCCGCACGCCAACAGACAGCAAUCGCACGACGUAUCGCCGAACUAGAGAGGGACAACGAUCCAAAGCAAAACAUUUCCAUACCCGGCAAACCUUCGGUACCGAAGACGCAGAAUGCAAGGAGGAUAAUACAGUAUCAGCGACAGAUCAAGCACUGGCUCGAUGAUGAAGAAGCACAGUUUGCACAGCAACAACAACAAGCGCCUCCGCUCCGCAGAGAGACGACUCAUGCGCGGAACACACAGUCGUUGCGUAGACAGAGCACAAUGCCGCCUACGUCUACCGAAGCUACGCCGGCCCCAACCAUACAGCCUGCACGCAUAGAUAUCGACACUGCGUCUGACGAUGCCCUGCUCGAUGUAUCUAGCUUGUUACCACCACCGCUGAGCCCUGCGGCGAUGGAGGCUCUGCUCAGUACUCCGCCCCUGCCGUAUUCAGCGAGUUUUGCCGCGCCAUCUCCUGCUGGAGGGCCGCCGCAGAGACAGUUCUGCGAUAACUGCGGUUAUUGGGGGACGAUCAAGUGUCGAAAGUGUGGUGUGAGAGUCUGUGGGCUGGAGUGCAAGGACGCGCAUGAGGCUACGAGAUGCCUGAAGUGGGCUUGAUUAGAGGAGUAGGAAGAAUGAGGUGGGGAAGGAGCUUGCAUUAUACCCAAUGAUUAUUUGUUCGUCACAAGAGGAGAUUUCAGGAUGGAGCUGCCCACCACUUUCAAUAGA